AUGUCUAGUAAAACCUUCCUUGCGCGGCUCUGUGAGCAGGCGGAGCGCUACGAUGAGAUGGUCAACUACAUGAAAGAGGUUGCCAAUCUGGGCGGAGAACUCUCUGUCGAUGAGCGAAACCUGCUUUCCGUUGCAUACAAGAAUGUCGUCGGAACAAGACGUGCUUCCUGGCGCAUCAUCUCCUCCAUUGAGCAAAAGGAGGAAUCCAAGGGCUCGGAGAAACACGUCUCCAUCAUCCGUGAAUACCGCCAAAAGAUUGAGAGCGAACUCGAGAAAGUCUGCCAAGAUGUCCUCGAUGUCCUUGACGAUGCCCUCAUCCCCAAAGCCGAGUCUGGAGAAUCCAAGGUCUUCUACCACAAAAUGAAGGGAGACUAUCACCGAUACCUUGCCGAGUUCGCUUCCGGAGACAAGCGCAAGACUGCUGCGACUGCUGCCCAUGAGGCUUACAAGAAUGCCACCGAUGUUGCACAGACUGAACUCACCCCAACGCACCCCAUCCGUCUUGGUCUCGCGCUCAACUUCAGUGUCUUCUACUACGAGAUCCUGAACUCCCCCGACCGCGCUUGCCAUCUCGCCAAGCAAGCUUUCGAUGAUGCCAUCGCUGAGCUGGACUCUCUGUCUGAGGAAUCCUACCGUGACAGCACACUCAUUAUGCAAUUGCUCCGAGAUAACUUGACCUUGUGGACCUCGUCUGAUGGUGGUGAGGGUGAAACUGGCCCGGCGGGUGAGGGAUCAAAGGAAGAGAAGCCUGCGGAGACUGCGGCCCCGGCCGAGGAAAAGACUGAGGCUGCUCCUGCUUCUUAG